AUGGCAGCUUCAAAGGACAUAUCGAUAUACGCCGAGCUUCUAUCAAAUAUCAGACAAGUAUCGGUUGUCGCGUCCUUGUCAUCACCUCCCGACUCGUCUACCAAGGCAGAAAUCUCAAAUGAAGGCCGGCGCCUUGAAGUAACCCAUCAAGGGCAGACAGAAUCCAUAUCCCUCCCGGCACAAGUCGCCCUCACUGCGGCCCUUCCGGUGGCGACAAAUGGACGCCCUGCUCUGUCCUGGAGACUGCCCGUGUCUCCAGCCGAGGCAAGGCCCGCCCACUUCUCCCUGGAAAAUCAAGCCCUGCCAUGGACCUCAGUCGAUAUAGAGAUUGGCUCGCGGAUAGGCUGUCGUAACUGCGACAACGAGUUCGUCACACAGCACGCCAUAAAAGCCUGGAAAGAUCUGCCAAGCGAGAACUGGGCUGAAAUGAUGGAGUUUUGGCAUUGCCAUAAACCCCAUGACCACGACCAGCAAGAUCCUGAAUCGCUGGCGAGCAAGGGCUACGGCGCCAACCAUGCUAUAUCUGCCCAGCCGGGCAUUGGUUUCGUCGACCUCACCUCAUUCCUCUUCUCGGAAUCUGACUGUAAAGGUGUCAAGUAUUCGCCCUCAACCGUGGAUGCUGGCUUCGACCUCUCCUCUUUGGCCUUGGAUGACAACGAGGCCAAGAAGUUUCUUCAUGUCUUCUGCCAAAAAUGCCAGACUGAGGUUGGCCUGUUCAACAUUUUGGCAUCAUCCGUGACGCUCUUCAAAUGGCAAAUCACUUGCCAAACCAUCAAACCAAGCCCCAGGCCCAGUAGUUCUGAGUGCCUGGCAGCCACUCUUAUGGCAACAAUUUCCCGGUCAGGAUCCUCCAAGUCUAUCAUCACGCCACACAUUCUGGGCCCGGAAAGCGCAGAGACAGACGAAACUAAGACAAAUCUCUUUCUCUGGGUUCUGAACCCAAAUGUUGUGUACGCCUCCUCCUCAGCCACUGGCAGCAAAACAGCAAUGAAGAUACUCUACAGACAGAUCCCGGUAGAUGAGGGCGAGAAGUUGACCACCUCCAUGAUCUCGGAUGUUCAAGAAAUCAGUUUGCCCAUCUCAGCCAUCAGAGCAGCCGAGGAUUGCUUGUCAUCCAGCAGUCACUUGCUGCCAGCUCAGGAGAGGAAGUUCAAGGCAUUUGACGUUGGGCUCCUUGGAAGGUGGGAGGCUACUUCAUGA